CUGCAAUUACUCUUUUCCUCUCCACACACACCCACUUUUUCUCCCAAUUCUCUUUUCCUCUCAACUUAAUUUUCAACACUUCACUCCCACAAACAUACAAACACACAAACAAAUUCUUUUUUUUCUCCUUCUUCUUCUUCUUUGUUCUUCACAACUUUAAUUACUUGUGUCUUUGAUCUAGGUUUCUUCUUCUUUUUCCUGGGGGGGAGGGGGGUCUUGUUUCAUGAAUUAACAUUUGUUGGUAAUUUUGUGUAUUAUUGUGCUUUUGUGAAGUAUAUAGUUAGAUUUGAUCUCCUUUUUUGUUUUAGAAUUCUCUUUAAUUAUCUUUUUCAAGCAGAUAGGAGGGAAAAGAAAAGCAGUUUAGAAGAUCCAAAAAGUGAAUUAUCUGUCAAAGAGAAAAAAAAAAGUUCACUUUACUUGUGAGAGAAUCUCCAAAAAGUUGAAAGAAGUAAACCCUUUUUUUUAAUAAUUUUUUUCCCUCCCCAUCAUAAAAUAAAAUGAAGUAUUUUCUCUAGAAAGAAAAAAUAAAAAGAAAGAUUGUAUUUUUUUUAUAUAUAAAAAAAUCAAUUGAGAAGAAAAUGCCAGCCGGAAUGAUGAUUCCAGCGAGAAACACAGCGUCGUCCAUGAUCGGAAGAAAUGGAAAUGUUGGAAUUUUUGGGUCCCCAGCCAGCCUUGUUCUUGGUCAGGAGCUGCAGGGAAUAGAAAUGGGAGAAAAUGAAUAUGGAAGAAUGAGAGAAACAGAAGAGUUUGAAAGUGGAACAAAAUCAAGUAGUGAGAAUCAUGAGGUUGGUUCCGGUGAUGACCAACUCAAUAACCAACGCCCCAACAAGAAAAAGCGUUACCACCGCCACACUCAGCAUCAGAUCCAACAAAUGGAAGCGUUUUUCAAGGAAUGCCCUCACCCAGAUGACAAGCAAAGGAAGGAGCUAAGUAGGGAGUUGAAUUUAGAGCCAUUGCAAGUCAAGUUCUGGUUCCAAAACAAGAGAACUCAGAUGAAGACACAUCAUGAGCGACAUGAAAACACACAGCUCCGAACAGAAAAUGAGAAGCUAAGAGCAGAUAAUAUGAGAUAUAGAGAAGCUCUAAGCAAUGCCACGUGUCCCAAUUGUGGAGGUCCUACCGCCAUUGGAGAGAUGUCCUUUGAUGAACAUCAUCUUAGGCUUGAAAAUGCUCGCUUGAGAGAAGAGAUCGAUCGAAUUUCAGCCAUAGCAGCAAAAUACGUUGGAAAGCCAGUAUCAAACUACCCUCUUCUUUCCACACCAAUCCCUUCACGUCCUCUAGAACUUGGAAUGGGAAGCUAUGGAGGCCACGAUUUGGGCCUUGGACCGGGAGGCGGGGACAUGUUCGGGGCAGCGGACCUUCUAAGGACCAUAAGUGCACCAUCAGAGGCGGACAAGCCGGUAAUCAUCGAGCUAGCGGUUGCAGCAAUGGAGGAGCUGGUCAGAAUGGCUCAGAUGGGUGAGCCACUGUGGAUGACAGGGGUUGAUGGGUCAACGAAUGAGCUUAAUGAAGAGGAAUAUGUUAGAAGCUUUCCAAGAGGAAUUGGUCCUAAGCCAUCUGGGUUUAGCUGUGAAGCUUCUCGUGCUACUGCUGUUGUCAUUAUGAAUCACAUUAGCCUCGUUGAGAUGCUCAUGGAUGUGAAUCAAUGGUCAACAACAUUCACAGGGAUUGUGUCAAGAGCUAUGACAUUAGAAGUAUUAUCAACCGGCGUUGCUGGAAACUACAACGGAGCAUUACAAGUGAUGACAUCCGAAUUGCAAGUGCCUUCUCCACUAGUUCCAACUCGGGAGAGCUAUUUUGUGAGGUACUGUAAACAACAUGGUGAGGGAACAUGGGCUGUUGUCGACGUUUCCUUAGACACUUUACGCCCAGCUCCUGCUCUUAGAUGUAGAAGAAGGCCAUCCGGCUGCUUAAUCCAAGAAAUGCCCAAUGGUUAUUCUAAGGUUACAUGGGUUGAGCAUGUUGAGGUGGAUGAUCGUGGUGUCCACAGUUUAUACAACCAGCUAGUUAGCUCUGGCCACGCGUUCGGCGCAAAGCGUUGGAUUGCCACGUUGGAUCGUCAGUGUGAACGACUCGCCAGCGCCAUGGCCACCAGUAUUAUUCCUAAUGGCGAUGCUGGAGUGAUAACAAAUCAAGAAGGAAGAAAGAGCAUGUUGAAGCUGGCAGAGAGAAUGGUGAUGAGCUUUUGCGGUGGAGUGAGCGCGUCGACAACACACACUUGGACGACUCUGUCGGGAACCGGAGCUGACGACGUUCGAGUUAUGACGAGAAAGAGCGUUGACGAUCCCGGCAGACCAUCCGGCAUUGUCCUCAGCGCAGCCACUUCCUUUUGGCUGCCUCUUCCUCCCAACAGAGUCUUCCAUUUUCUCAGAGAUGAAAAUUCUCGUAAUGAGUGGGAUAUUCUUUCAAAUGGUGGAGUUGUUCAAGAAAUGGCUCACAUUGCCAAUGGCCGUGACACAGGCAAUUGUGUUUCCUUACUACGAGUUAACAGUGCAAAUUCAAGCCAAAGUAACAUGUUAAUAUUACAAGAAAGCAGCACAGAUCAAACAGCCUCAUUCGUGAUAUACGCACCGGUGGACAUUGUGUCAAUCAACGUGGUGCUAAACGGGGGAGAUCCCGAUUAUGUGGCUCUUCUGCCAUCUGGAUUUGCUAUUCUUCCCGACGGAAGCACGGCGUCAAGCGGGGGGGCCAAUGGCGUGGGGGAACAUGGGUCCGGUGGGUCGCUUUUAACGGUGGCGUUUCAGAUAUUGGUUGACUCGGUUCCCACAGCAAAAUUAUCUCUUGGGUCAGUUGCGACGGUCAACAAUCUCAUUGCAUGUACGGUUGAGAGAAUUAAAGCCUCUUUGUCAUGCGACAAUCCUUAAACCAGAAGGAGAAAGAUAAGUGGAAGAAGUCAAGAACGCACCUCGAAAGAAAUUGAAAGUUGGGUAAGCAUUUAAUUGUGAGGGGUUCGGGUAUUGACUUUCUCCAUUAUUAUCAUUAUUAUUAUUAUCAUUAAUGUAGUUAAAAGCUUAUGAUAAUUUUAGGGUUUCUCUGAGGAGUUUUUCAGUUUCUUCAUGUAGUAUAAAAUUCUGUUUGUGUCUUAUUGUUGUAAUGUUUUCCAAUGUGUGCAUUAUUAGAGAGAGUCUAGGGGGAAGCCCACACCUUACUGCCUCUAUAUAUAAGUCUAAUAUAUAUAACAUUUCCAAGCUGAUUGUGUAUCAUUAUCUCAUAUAAUAUAUAAUGUAUUUUCUCAUUA